CAGUCAAUAGGAAAUUGAAUGCGCAUGCGUAGGUAUGUAAGUUUAUUCCCUGUCAAACAGUGUUUGGCGCGUACUCUGUAUGUUGCGGUCGCUGAACACAAUGAAAUUAUUUUUCUCAUUAGUUGCUCGUCAGUUACCAAACAUUCGGCACGUAAACUUCUGCUCUUAUAACUUUGGUGAAUUAAAUAAUUUUGGAAAUGUCUAGCGGUAAAUUGGUAACGCAACGAGAAAUGUCUCGGCAGAAUGGUAUCGUACAACCCCUGUUAACUGAUUUAUAUCAAAUAACUAUGGCCUAUGCUUAUUGGAAGUCUGGCAAAGUCAAUGAUGUUGCAGUAUUCGAUUUAUUUUUUCGAACAAAUCCUUUUCAAGGAGAAUUUACAAUUUUUGCAGGCCUUGAAGAAUGUUUGAAAUUUUUGGAAAAUUUUCACUAUUCUGACAGUGAUAUAGAAUAUUUAAAGCAAACAUUACCUUCAGAUAUUGAGCAGGAAUUCUUUGAUUACUUAAAAGAUCUAACAUGUAAUGAUGUAAAGCUAAGUGCUAUUGAAGAAGGCUCUGUUGUUUUUCCAAGAGUGCCGUUAUUGAGAAUCGAAGGUCCACUCAUAAUAACGCAAUUAUUGGAGACAACGUUGUUGACUCUAGUUAACUUCGCAAGUUUGAUGGCCACCAACGCAGCUAGAUAUAGAAUGGUCGCUGGCAAAAACAUAUCCCUGCUCGAGUUCGGGCUACGAAGAGCUCAGGGGCCCGAUGGAGGCCUAUCGGCAUCCAAAUAUUCUUACAUCGGUGGUUUUGACGGCACUAGUAACGUGUUGGCUGGUAAAAUGUUCAACAUCCCAGUCAAAGGGACCCAUGCGCACUCAUUCGUGACGUCAUUCAGCACUCUGGACGACCUCCAGCACGUGACUGUGACGCAUCCAGAGACGAAAGCUCAGUACAACCUGUUCCAACUGUCUCUGGACUGGAGGAAGAAGCUAUCAACCAUCAUCGGAGUGUCCCCCGAGGAGGCCAGCGACGGCGAACUGGCCGCCCUCAUAUCAUACGCCCAAGCCUUCCCCUCAGGUUUCUUGGCACUCGUGGACACUUACGAUGUCAAGAGGUAUAAUUUUCAAGCCUUACCGACACGACAUAACGCCGGCUACAAUAGCAACUGUGGAUCCAAUGUUACGAUACAAAUACCGACUAUCCGUAGUACACGUGGAUAUAGCACGGUCGAACGCACACUGAGGAGUGGUCUGCUUAACUUCUGUUCCGUGGCGUUGGCAUUGAAUGAUUGUGGUCAUCGUGCUCUAGGAGUAAGAAUCGACAGUGGAGACCUGGCUUAUCUGUCCAUACUGGCGAGGGACACCUUCCGCCAAGUCGCCGAAUCAUGUCAACUACCAUGGUUCAAUGACCUCACCAUCGUCGCCUCUAAUGAUAUCAAUGAAGAAACAAUACUCAGUCUACACGAACAGGGCCACGCUAUAGACUGCUUCGGUAUAGGAACACAUUUGGUGACAUGCCAACGUCAACCAGCUUUGGGAUGUGUCUACAAACUGGUGGAGAUUAAUGGACAGCCGCGUAUAAAGCUCAGUCAGGACGUAGCCAAAGUCACCAUUCCUGGACACAAGGAGGGUUACCGCUUAUUCGGUGCGGACGGACACGCGCUUGUGGACCUGCUACAGAGAUCCAAUGAACGACCACCGGCCGUGGGGAGGAAAGUGCUGUGUCGACACCCCUUCCAGGAAGCCAAGAGAGCUUACGUCAUACCUAGCAAAGUGGAACAUCUCUAUAAGGUGUAUUGGAGCGAAGGUCGCAUCUGCACCGCUCCUAAGCCGCUGUCGGAGGUCCGUGAAAGAGUGCAAGCCUCCCUGAGGACGCUUCGACAGGAUAUCAAGAGGAAUUUAAACCCCACGCCCUAUAAAAUUAUGUUUCCCCAGGUCGCUGUCAGCGACGACUUGUACAACUUCAUACACGACCUGUGGCUGCAAAACGCCCCGAUCGGAGAGCUGUCAUGAGAACAGAACGGCGCUGUAUCAUCUAUUGAUGAAAUGGAAAAAAAAUCCGACCCUAUUACAAGAUAAAGGGCUCAUAGUAUAAUAAUAUUAAUAAAAUGCUUUAAUACACAAAACGCGUGUAGAUUAUAUAUAUAUAUAUAUAUUUAUAUAUAUAUAUAUAUAUAUUUAUAUAUAUAUAUAUAUAUAUAUAUAUAUAAUCACGUAUAAAGCACGUAUAAAUAAAAUGCUUGCAUGUUAGAUGCCUUUAAUUAAAUAUAUUAUAAGUUAUAAGUACAUGACGUCAGACGCUUUAUGAAACCACAUUUUUUGGUCUGCGAUAAGAUUGUUGGGUCUAUGAUAGUGGUACAUUUUUAACAUAUGUCCUUGACAUGUGAACUUGCCAUGUAUGUUGAGAUAAAUAAUAUUAUAUAAAACACACAAAAAUAGUAUCUAAUUAUUUUUUUAUAACAUUGAGCAUUGAUUUGUAGAUUUGUGAAAUUAAAAAAAAAUAUAUACAUAUAUAUAUCAGUCUAUUGUAAUUUUAAACGAUUUACACAUAUUAUUGACUGUGAUAGAUGUCCAAACAGGUUAAUUUCUUUUCUAAAUUAUGUCCCUAGUCAGUAUCUAAAUAUUAGAUUUUUUUUUCUUUUGAUCAUUAAUAAAUUUUAUUUUUAAUAUCGGUGCAUUCCAACAACAUUAGUACUAUUUGUGUAAAUAUUAUUUUAGAAUACACGUGUUUUUGUACAUCCACAUUAAAAUAAAUAAACUCCUAAUGUAUAACGGACGGGAACAAAAUUUUAAUAUAUAUUGUUUUUAAAUUAAAGAUUUUAUAUAAAACAAAAAAUUUUAAAUUUUGGCAUACAGCUAAUAGGGUCUAGCUAAAGUUUUAUAUCUUUCAAUAGAAGCGAUUUAAUUAUAUGUUGUGGAAAUUGCCUUAUUCGUCGUACACGCACGGCAUUUUUGUAACUUAUGCAUUAGUUCCUUAAAUUUAGGCAAAAAAUAUAACACUAAGGAACUUUUAUUUUACAUUAUAAGGUCACAUGAAUGUCAUGAGACAUAAUAUUAAAAUAAAAUUACUUAUAAGAGACAUUUCAAUACAAGCAAUAAAGAAUAACCAUAUAAGGUUUAAGUUCAGAAUGUUAGAAGAUCCCAAAGAAUAUGUAAUUUAAAUUAUGAUUAUAUAUUUCAAAUUUGUUAUGUUUUUAUUUUGAACAUUACAUUUUAUAAUUUCAUGUCAGAAAAACUUAUUUAAGAUAAGCGUACAUUUUGUAUUAAGAGAAUUUUUUUAUUAAGUAUAGUAACAUGUUUACUAUUAACAAACCUACACCCAUGAUUUUCUUACAUCUAAUACGUGAAGUGUAGUUAUAUAUUUCUGCUUUUAAUAUGUUUAUUUAUUAGAUAACUCGAAUUUUUUUUUACAUGUUUGUAUUUAUUUUCAUAAACAUUGUUUUUUUUCUGUUUCCAAGUUAAAUUUUUCUAUGUUUUGUUAGUGUAUGAUAAUUUAUUUUUGUUAAUGUUUAAUUUAACAUGAUUUUUCUUUGGUCUUAUAGAGAACAUGUUUAUUAUGUCCCGUAUGUGUAUAGAGAUUGAUGUUUCUGUCAUGAUAUCGCACAUAUUGUUUUGUUGGUGUGCAGGAAUUAUAAACAGCCUUUGAUUAUGAUUUUUAAUAAAGUUGAUUAAUAAAACUA